GUGAUAGGUGGUGAUGCCCAAGAAUCUGCUAGAGAUAUUUUGGAAAUAGAUGAAAACAAUGACUCUCGUGAGGUUGAAAUAGCGGAUAGAAAGUUAAGGGAGUUGAUAGCCAGGGCUGAUGCACUUCUUCUGGAUGGAGGGAGUUGUUUAUCUGUAUGGGAAAGUGAAGUGGUUUUGUGUGAUAAUAAUUCUUUGCGUACUAAGGAGGUGGUUAACCUUGUUGAAGAAGUAGUGGAUAAAGCGAAAAACAGAAAUACCAGUAUGGAGGAUGAAGAAUUUAGGGAAAGUGAAGAGCUGAAUCAAAAGACUACGGAAGUAUUGAAAAGGGUCGAAAAUAUUUUUGAGGUGAUGCGAAAAUCAGUUGCAUAUACAAGGAUAUCAAAUGAACUGUGUUGGUAUUCACGUGGUCACUUGGAAGAAGUCAUGAAUAACCUUGGAGAAACGCAAACACCGUAUGCGUAUAUACUUGAAGAUGAAAAAUAUAAUACGACAGAAAGAAUACUACUAGAUAAAAUGCGCAAUAAAACAUACAACCAGUUAUAUAAUUUCAUGGGGAAUUUCGGUGGAUUGGUUAUAAGGACUCGCAAUUCGUUGGAGAAUACCAAGGAGAAGGCUAAACAUGUGAAAAAAGUAUUGGAACGUCUAAUAAAAGAGUUAGAAAAUAUCGAGAGGACCGUUAUACCCGGACAAGAGUCACAACGCGCAAAAGUCGUUGGUAGAAUUAAAGAGGUUCUGAUAACGGGCAAAGCGAAAAUAGAAGAUAUUCUAACCUCAAUAUCCACGACGAGAUUUAGACGUACUAGAACAAAACAAAAUCCACAAUUCGUUAGGGACAUUAAUGAUAAAAUUAGUAAAAUAAAAGAAUUAGAACUUCGGCGUAUGUCUCUGGUGAUAAUGGUUCAACAAAGAAAACUGUCUCAAGAACAGGCGAAAAUGAAAGACGAUGAAGAAGAAGGAAAAGAGAAAAUGUUUGAAUCACAGGAGGCGAGAAAAGAGAGAGAUGAAGAACACAUGACAAAGGCUACACAACAGGAUGAAACGAAAAACAAUACUGAAACACAAAGUCCAGUUAAAGAGGAACAUGUGAAAGUGGAUGAAGGAAAACGACUCGAUGAAACACCGGAGGCACAAAGUGAAGCAGAACGAAAACAACAGGUGAAAAUGGCUGUAGAAAAGGACAAAAAAAAAGAUGUUAUGGGAGCCAAGACAACUAGCCCGAAUGUAAAAAGCAAACAUAAAAUAAAUAAAAAAAUAAAUACUGCAUUAGGUCUCCCUUCAAAUCAUUCCGUGUCAUCGAAUCCCAAAAAAAUGACUGAC